CGCGGCGGGGAGCGAUCUCCGCUACCAUGAGGCGGCUGCCGCUGCUCCCGCCUUUCCCUCUGCUGCUGCCGCCGCUGCUGCUGCUGCUGCCCGCCGAGGUCAGAUGUACAACUGCCUGCACUGACAACUGUAGCUUGAAAAACAUAACUGAAGAAAUGGGAACCAGUAGUAAUGAUGAGUUAUCAGUGAAUGCUACAAGUGGGAACAGGAGAUUAUCAGAGGAUGUGUCACUAUCUGGCAGGGCCAUGAGUGAUCAGAACAGCGUAGCACUGCCCAGCAAGCUGUUUGAUCUCAAGGCAGAGUAUGUUGGUGUGACUUCUGUCAACUUAACCUGGACAGUGAAUGACGCAGCGUCAGCCUCCUACACGUAUAGGAUAGAGGUUACAAGUGUCUCUUUUAAUGACAACCUGACAUCGAACGUCACCAUGGCUGAGGUUCCUGGAUUAAUCCCUGGGACUCUGUACAAUUUUAAGGUCUUUGCAGUAGCAGCUGAUAAUCAUACAGAAGGAGAAGGAGCAUUCACAAGCCUCUACACAAAGCCGACACCAGUAUUUGAUCUCAAGGCAGAGUAUGUUGGUAUGACUUCUGUCAACUUAACCUGGACAGUGAAUGACACAGCUUCGGACACCUACACAUACAGAAUAGAGGUUAGCAAUGGGCACUCCAUUUACAAUGAAACAUCAAAUAUCACAGAAACUGAAAUUACUGGGUUAACCCCUGGGACGCCAUACACUUUCACAGUCUUUGCAGUAGCAGCUGAUGGUGAGACGGAAGGAGAAGGAGCAUCCAUAAGCCUGUAUACAAAGCCCAGCAAAGUGUUUGGUCUCAAGGCGGAAUAUGUUGCUAUGACUUCUGUCAACUUAACCUGGACAGUGAAUGACACAGCUUCGGACACCUACACGUACAGGAUAGAGGUUGCGCAUGAAAGUCUAAUUAACGAGACCACGUCAUUAGUCACUGAAAGUAUUGUAACCAGUUUAAUCCCUGGGACCUCUUACAAUUUCACGGUCUUUGCAAUAGCAGCUGAUGGUCAGACGGAAGGAGAAGGAGCAUCUAUAAGCCAAAAUACAAUUCCUUCCUCAGUGAGUUCAUUUCAGUGUGAAGCAGUGGCUAAUACAUCUUACCUAAUGCUGAAGUGGGACUGUCCUUAUGGCGACUACUCUGGCUUUGAUAUUGAAAUAUUUAAUGAUACUUGGACAAAAAAUGAACACUGUCAAUUCUGUGGGAGAGAAGGCUCAGAAGAAAGCUUCAUAACAGAACCUUUAGAUUAUUACAAAACCUAUACUGUUAAUAUUACAACUGUUUCAGAAGGUUUAACAAGUCUUCCAGUGCAGAUAAUAUGUAAUACAAGCAUUACAGAUCCACCUGUUCCAAACGAAGCUCCUGUAGUCAAGGCAGUCAGUCACAACUCACUGACUGUUGAGUUUCCUGACUUUGAGUCAGUGAAUGGACCAUUAAAAGCUUAUGCAGUAAUGAUCAUAAGUGAAGCAGAAGGUUGUUUGCCUUCAAAGUCUGAUUUGAGCUACACAUACAGCGAUUUCAAGCAGAAGAUGACAGCUACCUAUGUGACAUAUGUCAUAGACGUAGAGGAGAUGACAUCUUUCAAUUCUCAGAAUGGGCACAACAUUGUCGACGUAGGCAAGGGAAACACCAUGUAUGGCUAUGAAAAUGGACCGUUGAUUCCUCUUCAUUCGUACAGGGCAAGUGUUGCAGGUUUCACUAACAUAACCUUUACUGUGGCCAACAAAAUUAUGGGUGAACAAAGUUAUGUGUCGUUUUCACCGUGUUCCAACAUGGUUUCAUUACCCCAGGAUCCAGGUGUUAUUGCUGGAGCCGUUAUUGGAUGCCUUUUAGCUGUAUUGGCUGUAGUAGCUAUAGGGGGUUACAUAUUCUGGAGGAGGAGAAGGAAAGAUAAAAGAAAUACUGAAGUGUCUUUUUCUCCAAUUAAAAUAAAGAAAUCAAAAAUGAUUAAAGUAGAGAACUUUGAGUCCUACUUUAAGAAGCAGCAAGCAGACUCCAACUGUGGUUUUGCUGAAGAGUAUGAGGAACUCAAAUCUGCUGGUGUUCAUCAGCCCAAAUUUGCUGCUGAAAUUCCUGAGAACAGAGGGAAAAAUAGAUACAACAAUGUCUUACCAUAUGAUAUUUCUCGUGUUAAACUUUCAAAUCCAAGCUGUGCAACUGAUGAUUAUAUUAAUGCAAACUAUAUGCCUGGAUAUAGCUCAAAGAAGGCAUUUAUUGCUGCACAAGGCCCUUUACCCAAUACUAUAGAAGACUUCUGGCGCAUGAUUUGGGAAAAGAAUAUCUACUCUAUUGUCAUGUUGACAAAAUGUGUUGAGCAGGCCCGGACAAAAUGUGAGCAAUAUUGGCCAGACAAACAAUCUAAGAGUUAUGGUGAUGUUAUUGUGACAAUGGUCUCGGAAGUUGUUCUUCCAGAAUGGACAAUAAGGGACUUCAAUGUAGAAAACGCUGACACACUGGAGAGCCACACAGUGCGUCAGUUCCAUUUUACAUCCUGGCCAGAUCAUGGAGUGCCAGAGACAACAGACCUGCUAAUCAACUUUAGACAUCUUGUUCAUGAAUACAGCAGUCAGAAUCCUAUUGACUCUCCUAUUCUAGUGCACUGCAGUGCUGGUGUGGGGAGGACAGGAACAUUUAUUGCCAUUGACCGCCUGAUUCAGCAGAUUGAAAUGGAGAAUACUGUGGAUGUGUAUGGAGUGGUGUAUGAUCUUCGAAUGCACCGACCUCUAAUGGUGCAAACCGAGGACCAGUAUGUCUUCCUAAACCAGUGCGUCAUGGAUAUUAUUAGAUCACAGAAAGAGAAGAAAACAGACCUUAUUUAUCAAAACACAACAGCAAUGGCAAUCUAUGAAAAUUUCACACCUGGACCAGCUUUUGGGAAGGCUAAUGGCUAUCAUGCAUAACCAGGACACAACGCAGUCUCCAGGAAUUGCUGUCUGUGCAUGAGAAAGGGAGAUGUUCUUACAUUUUCCAGGAUUGUGUGCAGUGUCUCGUGUCUGGUUUCUCCAGUUCUGUCCUCAUAUGAAGAAGUGAUCUUCUGGAGGAAAAAAAAAGACAAUACUGGCAGGAGCCAUGGAUCGAUAAAAAAGAAAAACUAUUUAAAGUUAACAGAGGAAUUCUGAUUUUUUUCUUGGGAAUUUAACAGUACUGAUAGGUGAAAUAGCAUUUGCAGUACAAACAAGGAACUAGAAUUUAAAUAUUAAAAUAAUAACACAAGCUUUUUAUUACAAUUUUAUAUGAUUUCAUUUACAGACAACAGGCUUGUGGGCUGUUUUAAUAUAUUUAAUUAUAAGUUUUGGGAACAUAUUUUAUCUGCUGUAUCUGGUUACCUAGCUAAUAGAUAUGUGCCUCUGUGAUUUAUUUUUUUUUCUGAAUUUUCCUUUUUAUUUAAAAAAGGAGUACAAACACCUCCUCCAAAUGGACAUUUGUACUUGGAAAUUGUGCCUUUUCUAGUUGCUACUCUAGAAAAAAAAAAACAAAACAAACAAACAGCAGAGAUUCUAUUUUUGUACUGAAACUCUUGAAAUGAGAACACAGAUUUUUAAAUAAGGCUUAUGUCAAACUUAACUGUAGUUGCACUGUUGGCAGGACUCUCCAGAAGUUUGGAGGUGAGCUUUGUUUUUGCGUUUCACCACAAAUAUCCCCUGCCUUAAUGUUUCGGUGCCUCUGCUAGAGGAAGAGGAGUGUGAUGUGUCACUCAGAGCUUUAAGUGUAGUGAAAAACUGAGCAAGUGUGUACAUGGAUGUGUGUGCAGGGGUGUGUGUGGGUGUGUAUGAAGGACAGAAUAGCUCCUCCCUGUUCCUGGUUGAUAUUCCUGUUUUUAUACAAUGAUGAUUUAUUUAAAGGUGCAAUAUAUGAUUUACUGAAUAAUGAUUGCUCUAUUCUAAUAGAGUUUUACUCAGGUUCGUGUCUUUUUAUCAUUGUUGUUGUUUUUCCUCAGAUGUAUAAAUCUGUGAAAAUGCUGAACUAAGUUUCCAAGUGUCCAAGCGCUCCCAAACAGAUUGACUGGCUUUACUGAUACUACCAAAAUGAAUUGCACAAAAUUCUGCUGUAAAGACCAAUUUCUUGCUUGUUUUAGCCAUUCAGAACUGAAGCACAUCUUACCCACCUGCAUCUCAUUAAUACAAUGUAAUUGUUUUAUAGUUGUUUGCAAUGUACUGCUGCUGUUAUUUUAACUGGUCCUUUUAAAAACAGAACAAACGUGCGGAAACCCCAGAGUUGCUGAUUUUGCAAGCCAAGGAUUUGAUGAGAUUUAUUUUGCUGGUACAUGACUGCUAGACUUAUGAAGGCAUUACCAAUGAAGGACUUCUGAAGUACUUUGGAGGGCAUGUAGGUUUUUUUUGACCUUUGGAUCAUUGCACUGUUUGCAUCGCAAAGGAAUAUGAAGUUUUGGAAUAGCGCUAUAGAAGAGCUAUCAAGCGGUGAAAAUCUUGUGAAGGGUUUAAUAACCAGAGUCCCUGGAAUUCUGCUGCUUUUUUUUUGUUUGUUUCUUUCUUUCUUUCUUAGUUUUUGGCAGAGUCGUCAGAAAUAGCUCCUAUACUUAGAAUUCAGGAAAAUCUAGGAAUUCCUGGUGCAGAGCUGUAAUGUUACAGGAAACCAGAGGAGCUCGACAACAGUGUGAAACUGUGGUAUGUUGUGCGAGCAAAUCUGGAGGACCAACCACAAAGUGCUUCAGCUUUUUUUCUCAUAGCAGCUGCUUGUGGAUUCUUGAAUUUUUUUUUUCUUUCUUUUUUUUCUUUUUUUUUCUUUUUUUAAAUCAACACGCACACAUAAAUACCCACAAAAACAAGCCAGAUCCAUGAGGUUAGUGAUCCUGCCUAACCCCACCCAAAAUGGUGUUCCACAUAGUGGAUCUCAUAGAGCUCACAUGACAAAUAAGCCACUGGGACCAAAAAGAACCAUUCCAAAGGAACUGGGAAGGCAGAAAGUCUGCCCCUUGCAGUUACUUUAUUUAUUUCUGUCUUCUAAAUAGUACACAUCUGUGCAGAGCACAGAGUCAGUAUUCAUUAUUCCUCAUCUCCAGGAGCUUGUCUGCUGCUUCAGAAGACCCCUCUUUUAUACAGCGUAGAAGAGGGGGGAGAUGAAUCCUAGUUUGUAUCCUGCCUUUGUAUUAUGUUGCAGUGGAACCUAUGAAAACUAACUAGAAUAGGAAGUGUUUCUGCCUAGCCGCCACCCAUAUAGUCUUGCAGAAAAUAGAAGUAUCUAACCCAUUGUUUUGAUGUUGGAAACAGGUGCCAAAAUUUCACUUGUCAUCAUCUAAGGGGUAUCCAUUUUUAAUGCAAUGGCAUUCACUUCAACAAUUCUGUGAUUUAAUUUAUUUUCCUGAAAGAGAAUCGUUCUUGCAAGGGACUCAAGUUGAAACUAAACGACCUGCUGAUCCCAAAUAUAAGUGGAAAAAGUUGGUAAGGCUUAAAAUGUUUUAAACAGAGUUGGAUUUACUGUCAAUGUGAGUAAGUUGGAAACACCUCAUAGCAUAUGUCUGUGGGAAGAACAGGAUUGCAGGAAAUCCUCUAUUAGGGAUCUCUUGUGGAUCCCUGUUGGCCAAGACUUGAAUUCCUGCAGAUUUUUUUUCACCGCAUUCUGAAGUUCUCUGUGUUGCAAUUGCUGUGAUCUGUCUCUUCACCCAGUGUUUUCUCCUGCUGUUGCUUAUCUAAACCUAUUCACUUUCCAGGCUCAAAGUUCCACUGCGUGGUAAUUGCAUCUCCUGCAUUUCUUUUUCAGCCUUUUUCCCAUUUGGGGCUUGCUUAAGAAGGGAAAAGUUGAUGUGUUUCAAAUAAGUGACUGUUAGUUAAAUAUCUUGAAAUGAUGUACAAAUUUUAUUGUUUUCAUAUUUGUUGUACAGGAAAUUUCAGCACAUGUCUAAAAUGUUGGUUUUUUAAAAUUUGAUUUGUUUUUAAAAAUAUAAAAGUAACGAUUAAAAAGCAUCA